UAUAGCAUGGCUUCCAUACUCCGCCAGAUAGUCGCUGGACCUCGCGCACCCCAUCCCGAAGCCAACUUAGACCUGUGCUAUGUCACCGACAAGAUCAUCGCCACCUCGGGCCCGUCCGCGACAUAUCCUCAGUUGGCUUAUCGCAAUCCGCUGAAGGAGCUCGUCAAGUUUCUCGACUCCAAGCAUGCCGACCAGUGGGCCAUCUGGGAGUUUCGAGCUGAGGGCACGGGAUAUCCGGAUUCAGAGGUGUACGGAAGAGUGCGACACUAUCCAUGGCCCGAUCACCAUCCGCCUCCCUUCAACUUGAUCCCCUUGAUCAUGGCGUCCAUGCGCAACUGGCUGAAAGAGAAGGAUGCUCCCGCGAAUCGGGUGGUGGUGGUGCAUUGCAAGGCUGGCAAGGGCAGAAGUGGCACCGUGGCUUGCUCCUACUUGAUCAGCGAGGAGGGAUGGACCCCUCAAGAUGCCAUGCAACGCUUUACGGAGCGCCGCAUGCGUCCCGGCUUUGGAGUUGGAAUCAGCAUACCCAGCCAGCAGCGAUGGAUCAGCUAUGUCGAUCGAUGGUCCAAGGGCGGCAAAGUCUACGUCGAGCGGCCGGUCGAGAUCACGGAAGUACACGUGUGGGGUCUACGAGACGGCGUCAAGGUGGCCGUCGAGGGUUAUGUCGACGAGGGCAAGGUCAUCCACAAAUUCCAUACCUUUCAGAAUAGCGAGAGGCAGAGAGUAGGCGGUGCCUCUCGCUUUGGAUUCGUGGGCUCAAAGCGGCCGGAGAAGGAGGCCACACUUGCUCAGUCCGCCGACGGCUCCGAGGCGGUAGUCCCGUCGCAAGUAGACGAUGAUUCUCUCGACAGCGAUGUCAUCUUCCGACCGUCCGAGCGGAUCCUGUUACCGUCCAGCGAUGUCAACAUUGACUUUGAGCGCCGCAACAAGACUCGCUACGGUGGCUUCACAAUGGUGACAUCAGUGGCUCACGUUUGGUUUAACACGUUCUUCGAAGGCCAGGGACCGGAAAACAACGGCAUCCCCGAAAAUUCAGGAGUGUUCAACAUCGAGUGGGACGCGAUGGACGGCAUCAAGGGCAGCAGUCGCAAGGGCACACGGGCCUUCGAUAGGAUUGCGGUCGUAUGGAAGGCGACCCCUUCGAGCCGGAUGCCUAGUGUUGCGAUCAAUGAGCCCGCGCCGGACGAAGAAGUCCAGCAGGCUGCCCCGGCGGAUUGGAGAGGGAAUGAAAGCACUGCAGGCAAGGUGCAGAGGAAGCUGGGGUUGCGGGAAGAAGACCUCGAAAGUCAAGCAGUCAGUCGGGCGAGCAGUAUGAAAUCC